AAAAAUCAAAAUCAAAAUCAAAAUCAAAAUCAAAAUCAAAAUCAAACCAUUUUAAAACCCUUUUUCUCUCCCCACUCAGCUCCAUUAAUCGUGUCCUCUAGUGCUUUUUGGUUAACCAGAUCGAGCAGCCCUUUAACCCCGAUGACUACAAGACAGUGCUGUGUUAGAGUUCUUAAAGCUCUGCGAAUUCCGGAGCUUAGUCUGCGUUUGAUUUUUGCUUGUUUUCCCAUCGCUUUUUACAGUACAAUUUGUGGGUCUUCUUCAUCUGUCAUCAACAAAACUGCUCCCUAGCUGUUACUAGUCCCCAUGUCCCCAGUCGCUAAAUUGUCUGUUUCUCUCUGAUUUCUCUCUCCAUUUUUGGAGUAGAGAUCCGAUGGGAACUGCAGAAAUCUCCUCUGAAUUUGGGGCUCGGAUGGGGUUUCGUUUGCUCUUUCUGCUGUUUGAAAUUUGGUUUGCUGUCUGCUCUUUCUCGGCCUGUGAAGCUGCUGCAGUCAUCCUCCCGAGCAGGCCGAGCAGAUUGCGUUCUGUACUUGCAGACCAUGGCGUCUCUCCAACAUCUCAUGACUUUGGCAGCAAACACCAUGGCAAGUUCGACAAUGCAGUUCCUAGCAAACCAUUUAAAAGUUCAUCUCCUCAGAUCCACUCUCAUUAUAGAGCCAUUCAAUCCGACGAUUCGAGAAGGGCUCCUAGCAUUGCGCUUCCACCUUCUGCACCUGCUAAGAAAUGGGUGCACGGUCAUGCAUUCUCACCAGUGAUCUCUUUUCAUAAAUUUCACCAUUCGAGAAGGAAGUUCAGAAACGACGCUCCACAACCUACUUAUCAUUCAUCGCCCCCAUCUAGCGGCGAACAAGGCCCUGCUGCUGUCUCUCCGAUUCAGUCACCGUUAUCAUCUGCAGCGAGAGGGAGAUUGCACGGACCUGCGCCAUCACCAACAAUUCAACCUAACCACUAUUAUAUGCCCAUUCCUGCUCCUACAACUUCUCCUUUGGGUUCUUACAAGAAGAGGAAGAAGAGCAUGCCACCAUCACAAGUUAUGAUGCUACCACCUCCACCUCCUAAUGGGGACUGUGGAAUAGCAUGCACAGACCCACUGACCUAUACGCCUCCUGGGAUGCCAUGUGCUUGCGUGUGGCCAAUUCAAGUGAAAAUCAGCCUUGAUGUUGCUAUAUACACAUUCUUCCCUCUGGUUUCAGAACUUGCAGAGGAAAUUGCAGACAGUAUCGGUCUGAACCAUAGCCAAGUUCGAAUUAUGGGAGCCGAUGCUGCUAGUCAGCAGUUAGAAAAGACAACCGUACUCAUCAACUUGGUUCCAAGAGGGUUGAAAUUCAAUCAUACCACGGCCUUUUCCAUCUAUCAGAAGUUUUGGCAGAGAAAGAUAUUCAUCAACUCUUCCCUGUUUGGCAGCUAUCAAGUACUUAAUGUCAAAUAUCCAGGUCUUCCGCCAUCCCCUCCUUCAGCGCCUUCGGGUACUUCUGCCAUUAAUGAUGGUUUGAACUCUAGCAAUGCUAAUGCUGGAAAUGCGAUAAAACCGUUGGGAGUUGACGUGCCGAGAAGAAGAAGAAAAGAAGGGCUUGGCGGAAACAUGAUUGCCGUGAUUACAAUAUCAUCUUUCACUGCCUUUGUUAUGUGCGUUGGAAUUGCUUGGCUCUGCCUGUUGAGAUGCAGAGUCUCUGCACAUCAACCAGGACAAGUUCCACAAAACUUGAUAGCCUCACCCACAAAACCACCAGCAAUUUCCUUAGGCACUGCUGGAUCGAUAAUGGUUGGAUGUGAACCCAGUUCUUCAUCCAUGCCUCUUGAUGCUGAUCCCAUGACUUAUAUCGGUGCUGCAAAGAACUUCACCUUGAAAGAUAUUGAGAGAGCCACUGAUAAGUUUGAUGCUGCAAGAAUAUUAGGAGAAGGUGGCUUUGGAAUUGUUUACAGUGGCAGUUUGGAUGAUGGAAGGGAAGUGGCCGUGAAGGUUCUCAAAAGACAUAAUCAACACGGUAUUCGGGAAUUCUUGGCAGAAGUCGAGAUGCUGAGCCGUCUACACCAUCGAAAUCUAGUUAAGUUGAUCGGUAUCUGUACAGAAGAUCAAAUUCGUUGCCUGGUAUAUGAAUUGGUUCCUAAUGGAAGUGUCGAAUCGCACUUACAUGGCAUUGACAAGUUAACCGGUCCACUUGACUGGGAUGCCCGGAUGAAGAUUGCCCUCGGUGCUGCUCGAGGCCUAGCCUAUCUGCAUGAAGACUCCAAUCCUCGAGUCAUUCAUCGAGACUUCAAAGCUAGCAACAUCUUGCUGGAAUACGACUUUACGCCUAAAGUUUCUGAUUUUGGAUUAGCUAGAACUGCACUAGAGGAAGGAAACAAGCACAUCUCAACCCAUGUCAUGGGAACUUUUGGUUAUCUAGCUCCAGAAUAUGCAAUGACAGGCCAUCUUCUUGUAAAGAGUGAUGUCUACAGUUAUGGCGUUGUCCUUCUCGAGCUACUAACAGGAAGAAAGCCAGUUGACUUGUCGCUUCCACCCGGGCAAGAAAAUCUCGUUGCUUGGGCUCGUCCGCUUCUUACAAGCAAGGAGGGGUUAGAUGCAAUAACAGACCCAGCUAUUAAGUCCAAUAUCCCCAUUGAUAGCUUGGCAAGAGUAGCAGCAAUUGCUUCAAUGUGUGUGCAACCCGAAGUGUCUCAUCGGCCAUUUAUGGGCGAGGUUGUUCAAGCUCUCAAGCUUGUUUGCAAUGAGUUUGAAGAGACUAAUGAGCCAGAUUCACAAAGUUACAGUCGAGACGAACUUCUAAGUUACAUGGAUAGUAGACUUGGAAGAAUGUCAGGUGAAAUACUAAACACUUUCGAGACCUCACAACCGAAGGAGACAAAUGUGGGAUUAUCGGCCUCGGAUUUGAUCAGUGCAUCUGCAAGAUUCGAAGGACAGGAACUGGUUUCUUCCAGAUGGCAUUCGUCAAACUCGGAACCAUUGAGAACUGGAAAAAGAAGGCACUUCUGGCAGAGGCUGAGAAGUUUGUCACGAGGCAGCAUCAGUGAACAUGGCUUUUCUUCAAAGUUUUGGCCUGGAUUUCAUUAGUUUUUCAGUGAUGUUUAUUCAUAUCUUGCAACAUCUGUGAAGUUCAAAGCAAUUGCAAUUCUGAGGCCUUUAAUAUUGUGGCCAUCUUUUUAGAUCA